AUGAGAAGAGGAAGAUGGGAGGAUAAGCUGAGGAUGAAAUUCUAUCACAAGAGCUGUCCUGAAGCCGAGGAAACAGUAAGAGAGAUUGUGUCGCAGAAAGUCAAAACAAACCCUAGCUUGGCUCCCAAGUUACUGAGGGUCCAUUACCAUGACUGCUUUGUUAGGGGGUGCGACGCAUCGCUGCUUUUAGAUUCGGUUUCUGGAAAACCUGACUCCGAGAAAGAAGCGAGACCUAAUCUCUCGCUUUCCGGGUUUGAAAUCAUAGACGAAAUUAAGUCCCUUCUUGAAGACAAAUGUCCUCAAACAGUCUCAUGCGCCGACAUUCUCACACUAGCCGCUCGAGACGCCGUCUCGUACCAAUUUGGACGGCCGCUAUGGAACGUCUUUACCGGACGUCUUGAUGGAAAAGUUUCAUUGGCGAGUGAGGCUGUGAGAGACUUACCGUCUGCUGGAGCCAACUUCACCUCUCUACAGACACUCUUUGCUGAGAGUGAUUUAGACGUCGUUGACCUCGUGGCUUUAUCAGGAGCACACACAAUAGGAACAGCACAUUGCGGUGUGUUUGGUCGGAGGCUCUUAAACUUCACUGGCAAAGGGGACACAGAUCCUUCCUUGAACUCUAGCUACGCCUCUUUCCUCAAAUCCAAAUGCUCCGAUAAAUCUCUAAGAGUCAACUCAUCCGCAGAGGUGGGAAUGGACCCAACUGGACCUCUCACCUUUGACAGUGGAUACUUCGUCUCUCUCCUCCAACAAAAAGGACUCUUCACUUCUGACGCCGCCUUGUUGACUGAUCCGUCCGCCGCCUCCAUUGCCAGUGUUUUUCAGGACUCCGAAAGUUUUCUUGCUCAGUUUGGUCGGUCUAUGAUCAAGAUGAGUUCCAUCAAAGUCCUUACACUUGGAGAUGAAGGUGGUGAGAUUCGCGACAACUGUCGCGUCAUCAACUAA